CAUCUACAAGUUUGAAAUUCAAAUGCUGAUAAUCUCACCAUGAUCCCGCCACUAUAAAAAACGAGGCGCGCAAUCGAAUCAUUCACCGAUCACACUUCCUCUUCCUCUUCCUCUCCUUCUCCUUCUCCUUUCUCUUCAAUCGCCAUGAAGAAGAGAGCCGCGGCAUCAACCGCAUCGAGGGCGAAAUCGAGGGCGAAACCCUUCCUGUCCCCUCUCCCCACCCCUUCCACCCCCACCCCCAACCGCUCCUCCAAACCCUACGCCCCCUCCUCCUUCGACCUCACCUUCCUCGCCUCGGCCUCCUCCAACAAGAAGGUGACGUCCAGCAAAACCCUAACUCCCGGCUCCCUCCCCUCCACUCCGCCCAAAACUCUCGCCUCCAUCGCCGAUCUCAGGAGCCUCGCUGCAUCCCGCUUGGAUUCCGUGAAGCGGGAGCUCGAUCUGUGCCACUCAGCGAUCACCAAGGAGUUCGACGCGUCCCACAACAGAAUCUCCAAGCGAUGCAAGAUCCAAACACAGGCUUGUUUGCAGCUUACCGAGGAAGUUGACAAGGAGUACAAAAAGUUGUCCGAUAGGAUCAAGGAAAAUUCAGAACUCAUAAAGGCCUCGUAUGUGGAGUUUAUGGCAGAAGCACAGUCAACUGCAUCUCGUGUGUGCAAGGCGUCCAUUUCUGAGCUUUCACAGUCCAUGGAGAAAGCAAUUGAUAGCUUGAGAACCCGUUAUAACAUCCCUGCAACUCCAGUUUAGCCGGGCAAUUUAAGCUUCAGGGACCAGCUAUUGGAUUCUCUCCAUCUACGUAAUGAACUUGAGCCCGUUGCUUCAAAACUAUUUUCUUUAGCUUUAAUUUUUGCUGAAUACAUAGUUGCCAGAAGUAACCCAUAAAGAGUUUGCUCUCAGCUUGGGCUGGAUAGAGCAUGAAUAAUAGCAUUUGCAAAAGUGAUGUAUUCUUUUUU